AUGGACCUCUUUCACAACCUGCAUUGCAUUAACAUGUUCCGCAAGUACUCCUACCUCGAGCAUUACCCUGAGAUUCAGGACAUCAUGUCCGCGCGCCCGCGCUUUUUCCGUGAGCACAUGGACCACUGCCUCGAGAUGCUCCGCCAGAAUCUCAUGUGCCACGCGGACAUCGUGCUCAUCACGUACGACUGGGUCGCCGGCAUCCCCAAGCCUUUCCCCGACUUCAACACCUUCCACCAGUGUCGCAACUUUACAAAGAUCCAGGAGUGGGAGCACACGAACCGUGUUCGUGUUCCUCUCGAGCGCAUCCAGGCCACAAGGAAAGGUGGUGACGGCGAGCUCUCCAUCGCCGACGUCGAUCUCAGCGGCGUGCUGACUUUCGGUGGUAUGGGGGUCUCCCAACCCAAACAAUCGGACUGA